AUGAACGACUUGUUAUCUAGCCCCAACAGCAAAAAUCACCAGCAUGUGAUCGAGAUGGCUGAAGGAACCAUGAACCUUGAAAAGUUCUUCGAGGAAGUGGAGUCUGUUAAGGAGGAGCUCAAGGAACUAGAGCGCCUCCACCAUAGCCUUCGAUCCUCCAACGAACAAAGCAAGACCCUUCACAGCGCCAAAGCUGUCAAGGACCUUCGUUCUCGCAUGGACUCUGACGUGACUCUCUCUCUCAAGAAAGCCAAGCUGGUUAAAGUCCGGUUGGAGGCCCUCGACCGGUCCAACGAAACCAGCAGGUCCUUGCCCGGUUGCGGACCCGGUUCGUCCUCCGACCGAACCCGGACCUCCGUGGUGAGCGGGUUGAGGAAGAACCUGAAAGAUUCCAUGGAGAGUUUCAACAACCUUAGGGAGCAGAUAUCCUCAGAGUACAGAGACACCGUACAACGUAGAUACUACACUGUCACCGGUGAAAAUCCGGAUGACAAAACCGUUGACCUCCUCAUCUCUACCGGUGAGAGUGAAACAUUCUUACAGAAAGCCAUACAACAACAAGGUAGAGCGAGCGUGAUGGACACGAUCCAAGAGAUCAAGGAGAGGCAUGGUGCGGUGAGAGAGAUAGAGAGGAAUCUAAAGGAGCUGCAUCAGGUGUUCAUGGACAUGGCAGUGUUGGUGCAAACACAAGGGGAACAAUUGGAUGACAUAGAGAGCCACGUGGCAAGAGCGAAUUCGUACGUGAGGGGAGGGACACAGCAGUUGCAGGUCGCUAGGAAGCAUCAGAAGAAUACCCGUAAAUGGAGCUGUAUUGCCAUCAUACUGUUGCUCAUUAUCAUAUUGGUUAUAGUUCUCCCUAUUGUUUUAAGAAACUGAUCAUCUUGUCAAAUAUGGUCAUUGGUCAGUGGUGGCUAAUAUGAAUCAAAUAUCAAAACCUUUUAGUCAAAGUCAACUCAAGCCGCCUUGACCUUCGCACGAGAAUAAUGCUUUUCUUUUUUUGUAAUUAUUAUAUAUUCUUUUUGGUCGCGUGUUGUGAUUUUUCUUGCCGUUGUUUAGUAUUUGUUUGAAGAUUUUAGAAGCUCGGUUUCUAGAAUCAGGGGUUAAUUAGAUUAAGUUAGGUUAGGUGUUGCUAGCACUGUGGCUGGAGGAGCUAAACCACUUUUCAAGCUAUUUUGGGCCUGUUCGAAAUAAAGGAGAAGAGAAGAGAAGAGAACGAAGACAAUACGGCGGGAUGAUAUUGUAAUUAUUGUUCAUGGAAAUGGAAACAAACAAAUGUGGGAAGGUCAACAGUUACCAUCGGAUGCAUAAUAAUAUUGGAGGCAUGGCAUGACCUAUGUUUUCGCAUACAUUUA